CAGUUCCACUCCUCACUUCGUUCACCAAACCACAACAUCUUCUGUCUUCUGUCAGUUGUUGCACUUCACUCUGAAACUAUGGCCAAGGACAUGACUCUGCUGUGGGGCUCCGGCUCUCCUCCCUGUUGGAGGAUCCAGAUCAUACUGGAAGAGAAGCAGCUGCAGGGCUACAACCAAAAGCAGUUCUCCUUUGAGAAAAUGGAGCACAAGUCCCAGGAAGUCCUGGACAUGAACCCCAGAGGUCAGCUUCCUGCCUUCAAAUGUGGGAAACAUAUCCUGAAUGAGUCCUACGCCGCCUGCUUUUUUCUGGAGAAUCAGUACAAGUCCCAGGGAACCAAGUUGAUUCCAGAUUCCCCCGAUGUACAAGCACUGAUGUACCAGCGCAUGUUUGAGGCUUUCACACUCGUCGAGAAAAUGGUGGGCUUUAUGUACUACAACUUCUUUGUCCCAGAGGGGGAGAGACAUGACUCUGCUAUUCAGAGAAAAAGGGAGGAUCUGACAACUGAGCUCAAGCUGUGGGAGGGAUACCUGAAAAAAACGGACAGUUUUCUGGCUGGAAAAGAAUACACACUGGCUGAUGUGCUUGUUUUUCCAUUCAUUGCUUACAUGUUCCACUAUGGGUUAUGUAGUGAGCGUUACCCUGCACUGACAAAAUACUACAACACUCUGAAGGAAAGACCCAGCAUCAAAGCCACCUGGCCUCCUUACUGGCAUAAAUUAAUUGAGCAGGACACGCUGAAAACCGUCUGAGAUCCAAAUCCUCCUCAGUGGACACACUAACUGUUUCUGUUGUGAUGCAAUAUGCACCCACUAUUUGCAUUGCACAACUUUUUUAGAAACUAUUCUUUUCUUCUGCUUUGAAGAGCAAUUUCCUACCAUUAUUUGCUUGUGAUUUUGAAUGAAAAAGAUUCUUAUUGUGUUCUGAACAAAAGCACAAAAAAAAAAAAAGAAUUUCAAUUUGAUUGCUUUAGUAUUUCCAGGUCAUCAUUCAGAGAGAAUUCUUUCAGACCAUUUAUAGAUAAAAUAUGAGCCAGAGAUGUGAACAAGUGAGAGUAAUACCUUCAAAUAAAAUGAGUAACACUAUUCAAUCAAAACUGUCGAUUUCUACACAGUGAUUUGAGUGUUGGCCUCAAAUAUAGUAAGUGGGAUUUGGAUGCUCUUUUUACAUUUCAAUAAACAUGUUAACAGUUUUGACUUCCUUCCUUCACUUUUAAACUUUUGACAGUAGUUGUUACUAAAAGAAAAUUGUCAAUAGCUACAGUUAAAACAUGAACUGUGGGUUGUUUCAUACCAAGACUUCCAAUAAAAGACUAAAUCACACAA